UGGGGAAGAGCGCCGCUGCCUCUUUGCAGCAAUUAUUUGUUGGUUGAAAUUUUCCCCCUUUCUUUUUCAUUGUUGUAGAACAUUGAUUUCCGAAUGUCGACGAGUCGCCUGGACGCUCCUCCACUUACAAGGGUUUGCAUUUCUUGGUCUUGCAUGACGUGUGUUGCAGGGUGAAAAAAGGCUGGUUUUGUGUGUUUAUGGCUGGAAAAGCUGGGGAAAGGAGGCAGCGGCAGGGCGCUGCUGUGUGGCUCCACUGGCCACGGUUUUGAAAGAUUGACGAAGAGAAGCAGACAAAAAGGACUCGUCGAAGCCAACGAGAGAGAGCAGGGAAUCCAACGGGAGACGGCGGGAGGGAGGGCGAGCAGGGAAACUAGGUUUAAAACCAUUUGCAAGAGCUGCUUUGCAUGUGUGACAUUACUCAGGAGCUGGCAUGGGGCAGCAGGUUAAAGGGCUGUGUGAGGUCAUCAGCGGAUGUGGAAAGCAAAAGGAUGUAGAAUUUAUGUGCUGUUAACCAGCCAGGACUGUUUAGACCUAUCAGAUUGUUUUUAAGUGUUCUGUCUGAUCCGUUGAGCUCUAGCUCUCUAGAAAUUGCAGUAUGCAGAUGUGCAACAUUUUCUUCUUGUGAGAUGGCUGUCGGUUGAUUUUGGGACUAGAUAAAGGUUUGGGUACCUCAUACAUACUGUUACUUCGUGAAGUUGUACUAGGUGGUUCAGUAGGCUAUGAGGUCAUACCUUCUGUAUCAUGGGAACUGGUGAAGGUGUUCUUGUGAGGUGAGGAGCUGUCAGUGGGAUUCCAAAAAGUAGGUGAUGAAAUUUUGAGACUUCAUGGGCCUAUGCCCUCCAAAAGAAAUAGUGUACAUAUUUAUUACCUUAUAUACGAACAUUUAGUUCUCAGAGGGUAACAUUAGGCUUGUGUUUCUUCAUUGAUCAGAAUUUUUUUUGAUGAGGUUGAAAAUGUGCAGAAACCUGAAAGUACAACCGGUCAGCCGUAAUUGUACACUCAUAGCGUGAAAUAAUGUAAGUACAUUACUGUGUUCCUAGGCUACCAUUCCCUACAAGCAUGUUACGAGGCUAUCAACAAAGCUUUGUCUUAGCAAAGACAUAACCCAGCAAGAAUGAGCUUCGCUUGUAUGUGCUGUAUGGAGGUCAAGGGCGAGAAGAACCAAAAGAUUAGAUGAUGACUGCAGUUCAUAAUGGAGCACCUGAGCCCUGGAUGAAUCUUCAGUGGCAACAUUGAGGACAGUAUGAUCAUUGAAUUCAAAUGAGGAGCAGGUGGCGGCCUACACUUAGAACAAAUGAGGAUUCUCUCAGCCCAGCCAUGUGGAGGCAUGUUAUGAUAAAGGCUCAGUGGCAGAAAACCAAAAGUGGUCUAUCUGUCAUCCCUGUGUGAAUGCUGGUCUGGAUUUGACUCCGUGGGUACCAUCUGGCUGGACUGCUUCCAGCAGGAUUGGGUUUUGGAUUUUUUUCAUUAUGGAUACAUCAGCCUGGAAUCUAAUGUGAAUCCUAUAUGGCAAGUAGCCUCACUGAAUCUGCAGUGUGGAUAUCGGAUGUUCUCACCUCUUUUAUCCAAGGACUGAUUGUGUUUAGUGAUUGAGUUGUUGGUCGAGAGUAUUGGGAGUUGAAGCCUUAAGUGGAAGUGUAGUUAUACCUGUCAAAGGAAGGCGGUUUUAUCUGAAUCCUGCCAUUUCUGCUGUGAAAUGGAAGGCCCACGGUGCAGUGGCAUCCGGAAAAAGCGGAAGUCUCGGUCAGAGCGUGACCGGGAGAGGAGGUCUAACGGGAUCAGGAAUAACCAUGUCCGGGACUCUGUGCUCCGAUUCUCUUCGGAUUCUGAGCGGGAAAACAGCACCAACCCCUCCUCCUCACGACCCAGACCACCCAGGAGGAAGAGGAAGGAAUCUACUUCAGCUGAGGAGGACAUCAUUGAUGGAUUCUCUAUAUCUGGAUUUAUGACCUUGGAAGCUCUUCAGAAGGAUAUGGCUCUGAAGCCUCAUGAGCGGAAAGAGAACCAGGCUCUACGGCUGCAGAAGAAGCGACUAGGCCGGGUGCCUAAUGGACUGAAUGUGGACCUACGUAAGAGCUGCCUCCACAACCAGCAGCAGCAUUCAGACCAGGAGAACCGUCCACGCCUGGCCCGAGCACACAAGAAGAAGAAAAAACAUCCCAAGAGAAGAAACAGAGCACUGAAGCCUGGGCAGAACAACUGUAAGGAUAGUGACAGCGAGAGUGUGAGUGGUGAAUCCAAACCGUCCAUCAGGAGCAAUUCUCGAGAAAGACUGACAGAUUGUGACAGUGAGAGUGACCAAGAAGAUAAGGGUUCAGAUGCCAACUCUGAGAAAUUCUUCAGAACAGCUGCAGCUACAGAGGCAGUUUGGAACUCUGUAUUGAGGAAUGCUACAGAGGAUAGGAGACUUCACAUGCUUCAGCACUUGGUGGCCUCUCUCUUUCCAGAUUUUGGUGUUGACAGGCUCACCACAAAUGCAAGCCAGGAGCUUCAAGGACUGGUUGCACCUAAGGUGUCAGGCCUAGAACGUAGCCAGGAGAAGAAUCAGGAGAGCUACCUAGCCGCCCCUUCUUCUGUGGGGCCUUCUGCCCAGCCCAAGCCACAUCACCCUCAACACCUCCAACCAAGUCCAGCCAGCCAAGCCCUUUUCUUACCUUUACGCACACCUGUCAGCCCUGUCCAGACUCAGCUCUCACAACCAGAGCGUCAGCAUAGGCGGUCAACUCUCUCUGCUAACCUGCCUUUUGCAUCUGGGCACCAGCUCUCACAGGCUGCUCCUACCCGGCCCCAGCACCUGUCUGAGACUCCUACUCACCAUCGACUUCCCCCGACUCCAGGAUUAUACCACUGUCCAACCUCGCCUGUGUUACCCACUCAACAGAACCACAGUCAGCCAGUGCAGCAUCGGCCGGCCUUGGGGUGUCACCCACAUCCACUUUCUGCCUACAGCAGCAGUGUUACCUUCAGCAGCCUGAGUAGUACCAGGAGCAGUACUCCAGGGAAGCCACAGGGUCACCCUUCUGCUCCUCAUCUCUCACAGCACCAAGCUGUUCCCUCUGGGCCAUCAUCAUCCUUCCCCCUGCCCCUGUCAUCCAACCCCAGUGCACCCCACUCCUUCCCCCGUACCCUGCAGCCCUCAACACAUUCUCAUCACCCCAAUAUGUUUGCCCCGCCUGCCACUUUGCCUCCUCCGCCUCCACUGACCUCAAACACUCUGCCAGUUCCUGGACACCCAGCUGGGAGUGCUUACUCAGAGCAAGACCUCCUCCGGCAAGAACUGAACACACGUUUCCUGGCCUCUCAAAGUGCAGACCGUGGGGCAUCACUGGGUCCUCCACCCUAUCUACGCACUGAAUUCCACCAACACCAGCACCAGCAUCAACACCAGCACACACAUCAACAUACACACCAACACACCUUUACACCUUUCCCCCACGCCAUCAUGCCCACGCCUGCACCACCCAUGGUGCGUACCCCAGCUCAAAAUUUUGACAAAUAUCCUACAAAAGUCGACCCCUUCUACAGGCACAGUCUAUUCCACUCCUAUCCCCCAGCUGUGCCUGGGAUUCCACCUGUUAUACCACCCACAGGGCCGUUUGGAUCACUGCAGGGAGCAUUUCAGCCCAAGACUACAAAUCCGCUAGAUGUGGCAGCUAGGCCUGGAGCAGUCCCACACACACUUCUUCAAAAAGACCCUAGACUGGCAGAUCCAUUCCGACCCAUUCUCAGGAAACCAGGAAAAUGGUGUGCCAUGCAUGUUCAUAUUGCCUGGCAAAUCUAUCAUCACCAACAGAAAGGAAAGCAGCAGAUGCAGGUUGAUCCACAUAAGCUGGACUUUGGUCUUAAACCAGAAUUCCUGAGUCGGCCACCAGGUCCCAAUCUGUUUGGUGCAAUCCAUCACCCCCACGACUUGGCACGACCUGCCACACUUUUCUCAGCAGCAGGUUCCACACAUCCCUCAGCAGCACCUUUUGGACACCCCUCACAUCACCCUAGCAACUUCCUCACACCUGCACCCCACUUAGAGCCUUUCAACAGACCAGCAUCAUUUGGAGGUCUGGGAGCAUUAAGCACUACAGCCUUCGGUGGCCUGGGAAACCCAGCACUUACGCCCAACUCUGCGUUUGGCCAUAAAGACACAGCUAAUGCACAGCAACACUUCAGCAGCAGCCACGAGCCCUGGAACAGAUUGCACCGCACACCACCCUCUUUCCCCACACCCCCACCUUGGCUUAAACCUGGGGAUUCGGAGCGCAGCACCUCAGUUAGUUCACAUGAGAGAGACAGAGACAGAGACCGGGAUAGAGACAGAGAUUCAGAAAAGAGGGAAUCGUCCAUCAGCAAGGACGACAAAGAGCGGGAUACUGUGGAGAAACGGCAACCAAACCAACCAUCUCCAGUCACUGUCAAUCCCCUUACUUUGCUGAGCCACAUCCGGUCAUCCGACCCCACCAGGAACCAGCUUGCCAUCAGUGAGCCACGAGACAAAGAGAAACACAAAGAGCGAGAGAGAGAGCACUCAGACUGGAAAGACUCCAGUGCAGAUGAGCACAAGCUCAAGGAGAAUCACCAUGGUGGCAAAGACACACCCAUCAUUAAUGAUGGGCGGAUGUCCGAAGACAAGCCACCUAAUCAGCUGACGGCAUCUCCAUAUAUCCGACCACCAACUGGCCUGGAUAGAGUGAAUGGUGGGCUCAAUCGGGAAGUUGUGGAGAAGAUAGGUGACCUCACAUAUGAGAAGAAGAACAGUGAGGUCAAAGUCAAGGAGGAGAGAAAGGAGGAGCAGGAUAGAGCUACAGACAGAUCCCCAGAACAAAGAUCCAGCCCUCAGGCUCCUUCAGCCCCCAGCAACUUCCAUCCUCCCUCCUCCUUGGCUGUGCCCAUGGGCAUGGCCAGCAUGAACAGCAUUAGCAACCUGGAAAGGACUCGAAUGGUCGCCCCCUUCAUGGGCAUCAGCCCAAUCCCAGGUACAGAGAGGUUUCCUUAUCCUGCUUUCCACUGGGACCCAAUGCGGGAUCCCUACAGAGGGCUGGACAUCCACAGAAGGGACCCAUUGGCCCGGGACAUGCUCUUGAGGAACGACCCUCUGCACCGACUAGCUGCGCCAAGGCUCUAUGAAACUGAACGUUCAUAUCGGGACCGUGAGUCACAUGAUUUCAAUCGUGAAAUUCCACAUGGGCUGAGCCUGGAGCAACGGCGUGAGCAAGAGAGGGCCCAUCUGGAGGAACGUGAGCGAUUGCACGUGCUAAGAGAAGAUUAUGAGCAUGGACGACUGCACUCCAUGCACCAUCCUGCACUAGAUGGACACCUUCCUCACCCUAGCCUUAUGGCCCCAGGGCUACCAAGCAUGCAUUACCCUCGCGUCAGCCCCUCCACAUCCAUUGUCACUGCAGCUGCUGCCCAUCAAAAUGGAAUUCUUAACAAAACACCACCCACAGCAUCACUGAGUGCCCCACCCCCUCUCAUUCCAACCCUGGGCACAAGGUCGGGCUCUCCCCGACGGACCACACCCCUAAGUUCAGACAUUAGAGACAGACCACCAUCACAUACCCACAAAGACAUUGAGGCCCGGUGAGGACACACACAGACAUAGAAAUGUCCAUGAUUUGUGCUAUUAAACUAACAUGAACCAAGAAUCUGGUAUUGGGCAGAGAAGAGUGUACUGUAGAUAUGUAUGGAAUGUUAUUUGCUGUUUGUACAAAAACAACUGAAAAUGAGCUGAACAAAAAUGGAGACUGUAAAGGACCCUUUGUUCAAUUUGCUCCUGUUUUGUGAGUGUAGGCUACUCUAUAUUUUGAAUGGUCUGAUCAAGUAUGAAAAUCUCAAAUCCGAACAUAGCUCAUUUUUGGAAUGUGCAGGUACAUUCAAGGCAUUGAAACAUUGAAAAAUGUACAUAUAUGUGUACAGUGAAUGUGCUGACUCAUUAAGGGUAAAAUCGAGGUACAAAUAUGCAAAUGGUUGUCAUGAAAGCUUUACUUUGAACAGUUGUACAUAAUAAAUGGACAAAACUGAGAAUGCUUUUUUUGCAGAAUAAUUUAGCGCCAUGCUGCAGUCAGACUAUUUUGUUAAGGUUCACAUUUUCCUGGAGACUGUCCUUUUACCCUUUUAACUAUGCAACUUAUGAGUUGACUCUCUCAGUCCCUUUGCGUGCAUGCGUGCGUGUGUGGUGCAUGCAUGUCUCUGAGGGCCAGCAUUCUCCCCUUCUCAUUCUCAAAGCUAUAUUCUCUCCACAACUUAAACCACAGCGCAAAGCAAUUACAAACUGAGGAAUUUCUGUUAGAGAAUCUCCAUUCCAAAUUUGAUUAUAUAUAUCGUCACUCAAAAAGAAGUGAUCUCAUGCAUGUGUUACACGCCAAUUUUGUAGGUCCUUAAGAAUCUUGACACAUACAAAAUGUUUAAAAUGCUUAUAAAAUACUCAUAAAAAUACACUGUGAAAAAGAAUUGCUCGAAGGAUUUUGCAGUGAUCAUACCAGAAAAAGACCUGACGUCUCUGUGUGGUAUCCUGCAUUGCCUAGUUGUAAUGUGUUCCGUUGUGAACACAUUAAAAUCAGGCUAAGCAUCUGUGUAUGCUUACAUGCAUGUGUGCAGUUGUUUUUGACUACCACUUUUCCAGUCUCCAGUUGGCUCAAUGCUACUCGCCUUUUUUGGUUUUCCAUUAGGCUGGUCAGAGCAAAUCACUAAACACAUAAGUUAACGCUAGCUGCCAGGUUAGUGUACACUUUUGAGUUGCCUUUGAGACACCAGAUACGUCUCGUUCCCAGCCUUUCUUGUUUUUAUCAGCAGUCUUUUGCCUUGCUGCCAUCAGCCUCUUCUGAACAAAAGUUAUCUCCCUUACGUCACAACGUAAGUUUCAUGCAGCUACAUCGAGGGUACGAUACUUCAGUGGAAAACAAAGUAGCUGGUGCCAAAAGCGAAUAGAAUCGAGUCAAGCCAUACCAAGCUGUAAAGCAGCUUUAGAUCUAAUGUGGUACUGUAAAAAGGAAGUUUUUAGUUAGUAAUUAAUGUUGAAGAUUUACUUCAACAUUAACUAAAGACACCUUGGUGUGCUCAGUUGUUUACUCAGUUGGGACUUACAUGAACCCAUGGUGACAAUCUUGUAAACACUGACCUUUGAGCUUUUCAAUGAAGAUCAAUUGGUUAUUAUUAUUGUUGUUAAUAUUAUCAUUAUUAUUUUAAAGGACAGCAUAACAGUGAGAGUACUGGUGGGAAUACAGCAGAACCAAGGCAAUUUCAUCAUGGCGAGUGUAAACUUUGUGUAAUGGACAAGAAUUGCAGUUCCCCUUGAAAAUUGCAUCAAAAGUGCUAUAUUAAGUUAUGUACAAAAUGAAAAGGACAAAAAGCAAGUCUUAAACUACAGACCUUUUGUUUUUAAUGAGCAGAGAUCUAUUUUAGUAGCCUACUGAUGGUUUAGAUGUGUGCUUUAAAACUGUAAAUUUCAGAUGUUGUGCAGUGUUUUUGUUUUGUUUGUCUUUUCUAAAUCAAGCAUUAAAAAUGUCCACUGAAUAUGUAGCGGGUAGACAACAUGUAUUACCAAGAGAUGGUUAAAAACUUUUUUUGCUGUUUAACAUGGAUGUAAAAACCGAAGCCCUUUUUAGAUCAUGUACAAAGGAAGAAAAAAGGCAAAGCAACUGAAUUUUCAGCAUGCUCCUCAGUUAAACUUGUGUUAUGUAAAUUGUGCCAUGUUAAUAAAAAAAUGUGAAUUUU